GGACCGCGCCGCAGCUCAGACAGCAGCGACUCUUCAGCGGAUAAGCACCCAGCAGCGGAGCGGCCUCUGACCGCAACACACGCUCCACACGGACGCUACACGCACCGGAGGGUUCUUCCACUUCUGACGCCCAAAGAGGACCUGUUUCCACCGGACGCGCUCGAGUCGACAAGCAGGAGCCGUUUUUCAUGCCGGUUUUUCGGGGAACGCUGGACGACUUCGCGGUCGUGACCCGACUGUGACGGGGCGCGGUGCGGCGGAGUUGGCGCACUGCUCCACUGGAUUUACUCUCAUUCUCACGCAGCCAACACGACCCGCAGCUCCGGUUCAAAACACCGCCUCGACCCGCUUCUCGCUCCCCCCAUCUGGUGUUUACGGACUCCCCCCUUUUGGCUGAGUAGGGAUCGUGUGAACUCCGGCUUUUUUCUUUCCUAGCACGAAUAUGUUGCUGUCAAAGUUUGGUUCCUUUUCGCACAUUUGCAACCCGUCAAGCAUGGACCACCUACCAGUGAAGAUCCAGCUCCAGCCGGUCAAAGCGGAGAAGGAGUCGUUUGAGAAGGUCUACCAGGUGGGAUCCGUGCUGGGCAGCGGGGGAUUCGGGACCGUGUACGCGGGCAGCCGGAUCUCUGAUGGCGCACCGGUCGCUGUGAAACACGUCGCGAAGGAGAGGGUGACCGAGUGGGGCACGAUUAACGGAUCCAUGGUGCCCCUGGAGAUCCUGCUCCUGAAGAAGGUCAGCUCGUCGUUCCGCGGAGUUAUCAAAUUGCUGGACUAUUACGAGCGCGCGGACGGCUGGCUGAUCGUCAUGGAGAGGCCGGAGCUCGUCAAGGACCUGUUCGACUUCAUCACGGAGAAGGGCGCGCUGGACGAGGACACGGCGCGGGGCUUUUUCCGCCAGGUGCUGGAGGCGGUGAGACACUGCUACAGCUGCGGCGUGGUGCACCGGGACAUCAAGGACGAGAACCUGCUUGUGGAUCUACGCAGCGGGGAGCUCACGCUUAUUGACUUUGGCUCGGGGGCGAUUCUCAAGGACACGGUCUACACCGAUUUCGAUGGUACAAGAGUGUACAGCCCUCCCGAGUGGAUCCGCUACCAUAGAUACCACGGCCGCUCGGCGACGGUGUGGUCGCUAGGUGUGCUGCUGUACGACAUGGUGUGUGGAGACAUCCCCUUCGAGCAGGACGAGGAGAUCCUCAAAGGGAGACUGUACUUCAGGAGGCGGAUUUCAGCCGAGUGCCAGCAGCUGAUCAAGUGGUGCCUGGCCCUGCGGCCCUCAGAUAGACCCACCAUGGAGCAGAUUUGCGACCACCCCUGGAUGAGGGAGACGACGGAGUCACCCAAAUCGCCGGAGGAGCCAGUCGUGGGCGAAAUCCGCCUCAGGACCAUCGACACAGACUCUUCGUCAAGCACAAGCUCGAGCAAGGAGAGUCUCUGAGGAUGGUUUUGAUGGACUGAAAGACUUUCUUGGGAAAGACAAGGUGGUGACAGAGGGAGUGAUAUGGACUCAUGGCCAGCAGCCUGUAGCCCAGAUGGCCCAUCAGUGGCCGGGCGCUUGACUCCACUGGUCCGGCAAGAGAAAUGUACUUUAAUGUUCCUCUUUUUGUAGGGAAUUUCUAAUUUAUUACUAUUUGUUCUUCCUUAUCUUAUUUCCCCCUGCCCUUCUUUUGUUUUUCAUUAAGUUGAUUAUACAUGUUUCCUAAUGGGGAACAUUUUGCUGUUGGGGCGGUCUUACCAGCACUAUUAAUCCUCCCCUUUUUUUAUUUGACCUGUUUUGUUACUAGGCUGGUAUAUGCAGCUGGCAAGGCCCUCCUAUUCAGGCAAGGCUGCUCUCAUAGAGCUUGGAGAAAAAGACCUUUUUAUUUAAAUGUUUUAAUUUUGAUUUUGGAGUGCCUUUUUUUGGAAAGCUGCUUUAACAGGGGGCUUUCGUCAACAACUCUGUUUUUUUGGAUUUGCCCGGGGCCUGGCGGUGAAGUUGCCUGUGCUUUGAUGGAAGGAGGGGGGUGGUGUUUAGGCUUCUUCUUUUUCGUUUCUCCCCUCCUCUCCAUCACUGUAAACCAACCAGCCCCCAGCCAAGAGGCUAAGAUAGCAUUAGAUAGGAGAGUAAAGAGGUGGGGGCUCUUCCUGACAAUGGAAUACUUGAAAACACACUUCGACUCAACUCUGCGUCGCUCUUUUAACGCUGCUCACUCACUCUAUAGCCUGAACAGGUGUUUUUUGGAAACUGGAUCCUGUCUUUUUCUGAAUGUCUACAAAAUGUCACCACACACACACACCUCCUCCCCCCCCACCUUUUUUCUCUCCCUCCCAUGCCUGGGGGGGGGCGUGGCCCUCGCGGCUUCUCUUUUUGUUUUUGCCUCCCGCCAUCCAUCACUGCUCAACACUACAUGGCCCCGCCCCUGGCCUCCCUCAGGGUUUGGGGUGUGAAAUGCACAAUCAAUGCAAUAUUCAUGGACUCAACUAUGUUUGUUUUUUUGUGUUUUUCUUUUAAUUUUUUUUAUUAAACAAAUAUUGUACAGUGUGUAUUUUUUUUCUUCUUUUAGUGUGUACUUUUUUUUUUUCUCCCCCUUUGCAUUAAUUUAUUUGUAAACAUGUAGACAUUCCACACUCUGUGGCUAUUUAUUUAUUUAUUGUCUUUGCUUAAAAUCCCCCCCUAAAAUUUGCAUAUCCUACUUGGCCUUUGGUUUGCAUUCCUAUAACUUAUUUCUACAUUUCAACAUGUUUUUUUUUUUUAGAUGUGGAGGAUGCACUGAAGCGGUUGUCGAUGUAAAACAGAAUAAAAACAAGUUUACUUAAAUUUGAAAAGAGCUUUUGAAUGUUAUUUAAGUACUUUUUGAAAUCCGGGCAGUGUCGGCCGGCUGAGUAUCGAGAGAAAUCCACUUGGUUUCUGUACUGUCAAGAUGAAAUUGAGUUCUGUGGAAAGUUAAACAACGGGUGAAACAGCUUUCGUAGUUGUCACAUAGCGUCAUAUCGAAGACCCUUCGGUUUAGCUGUGUGACUUGUGGCUGUGAAGUAUGGAUAUUGCUAUUUUUUGAUACAGAAGUUUCAAUUAAACUCCCAUUUUUAUGUACAGAAUAAAGUCUGAUGUCUCCAUCA